CCGAAGAGAUGAGGAAAAGAGAAAGCGACAGCAGUCUGCAUUGAAUAGGCAGCGGCCCCUGGGGGUGUUCCAAUCUACAUCGAAGAAUCAGAACAGUUUAAAAGACGGGAAACUAAGAAAGUAAACAGGAGCGUAGUUAGACAGUAUAGUUUAUUGACUUGAUUGGAAAUUGACCAAUGGCAUUUUAAAAACAAACAAACAAACAACAAAUAAACAAAAACAAUAAAGACAUAUCUGGCCAACUGAUAAGACAGAAGAAAUAGAACCCAGAUGAGAACUGUAACACCGUGCAUCAGAUCAUAGUUGACAAGACCUGUUUAUCAUCUCAUUCCGGUGAGAAAUCACUUAGGCUAAUAUUUCACGCCCCAUUUUAUCUGGGGUGGCUGCUCGACUCUACAGAAACCAUGCAGGGAAGAAUGCAGUAUUUUUCGUUCAGCUGAACAAAGGAGUACAAAUUUAAUUCGAAGGUUCAACACCACGCCACCUAGUCUUUUUUUCAUCGGUCAGCCGGAUUCGGGCUUUCCCUGGUCUGUGCACUUUCCCUUCGUUUCCGCGCCCAGCUCGGCACCUGAGCGUAGGCUACAAGACGGCUCCAUGCAGCCGCAAAGGGAGAGGAGGGAAGUGCAACCCCGUGCUGGAUGGAUGGUUAUGGGGAAAGGAGGAAGAUCUUCGGCGCAAAAAGUCGGCAAGAUCCUUGUGCUGCUUAUCUGUCUCUUCCCCACAGUGGCACUGCAGUGUAAGAUCCUCAGGUGUAACUCCGAGUUCUGGGCCGCCACUUCCAGCCUGGAUCCCGAGGAGGAGUUCUGUCCUGCACUGCGAGCCUACAACGCCUGCAUUCACCGUACAGCCCGGGCCUGCAGAGGUGACCUGGCCUACCAUUCUGCCCAGCACGGCAUCGAGGACCUGAUGGGCCAGCACAACUGCUCCCAUGAGGGCCCCACCUCCCAGCCUCGCCCCCAGACCCCACCCCAGCCUGGCCUCGACAGCCAGGAUCGCUCGAAUGGCCCUGAGAUCUGCCACUACGAACGUGGAUUCACACGUCACUCCAUGCCCCCAAACUAUACCCACUGCGGCUUCUUUGGAGACCCGCACCUCCGCACCUUCACCGACGACUUCCAGACCUGCAAGGUCAAGGGGGCGUGGCCUCUCAUCCACAACAAGUACCUGUCCGUGCAGGUGACCAACAUGCCUGUGCUGCCUGGCUCCUCUGCCACGGCCACCAGCAAGCUGACCAUCAUCUUUAAGAACUUCCAGGAAUGUGUGGAUCAGAAGAUGUACCAUGCUGAGACAGGUGAACUUCCUGCAGCGUUCGCAGACGGCUCACGGAACAGCGGGGAGCGCCAUGGGGCUAGCGCCCUGCGUGUUGUGGAAAAGGUUCCGGGUCAGCAAGUGGAGAUCCAGGCACGCCACAUUGGCACCACCAUGGUGGUGCGCCAGGUGGGUCGCUACCUGACCUUCGCUGUGCGCAUGCCCCAGGAGGUGGUGACCGCGGUCGAAGAAGGAGACAGUCAGGACAGUUUGUACCUGUGCCUGCACGGCUGCCCACUCAACCAGCGCAUUGACUUUCAGGCCUUCAGAGCUCGCACGGUUGCUGAGAGCUAUGCCCCUGGGCGGGGUCGACAGCAUGGGUUCACCUACCAGACGGCAGUGGCCAAGUGCCGAGAGCGCCUCUCUGUGGAGGACCUGUACUUCCACUCCUGUGUCUUUGACCUGUUGACGUCCGGAGACAUCAACUUCAUGCUAGCUGCAUAUUACGCAUUUGAGGACGCCAAGAUGCUCCACUCCAACAAGGACAAGCAUCACAUCUUCGACAGGGCUAUCGGAGGUGGAGCCCCUGGUGUGGGUCUUUGCUCUGCCUCCUUACCUAUGUGGCUCCACCUUCCUGCCAUGCUGCUGUGGUUCCAGUGCUGCUCGGUGCUUCUGUAGUCAUCCGUUAUUUAUUUUCUCAGUUUUCUUGUGUAUGUGCACAUACUGUUGUUGGCUAUUGAGGUUUCCCCCUGCAGUUGCAAUAUCAUUCUCACCCCACCCACCUCAAUUCUGUUCAUGUCACUCAAUCCCACCCAUUAAAGAGUGGAGUUCUC